AUGAUGGCCCGCAAUUUCUUGCGUCGUGGGAGGAUCCGCCGGUCCAGGAGAUGGGCCUGGCCGCCUAGGGGCGGCGCCACAAAACUUGUCUCCCAAACAAGCGAAGCCCAAAAAACUCCGAUCCCAAGCAGAAUUAAACCUCACCUGACCCCCUCCCCCCUCCCAUGGCCGACCACCCCCUCGCCGGCGAGCACCACCACCCAUCGCCCGCGAGCUCGGCCGCCACGGCGCUGGGCCCGCUGCUGCUGCUCCCGUCGGAGCUCCUCCACGAGAUCCUGCUCGAUCCGCCUCGCCGUCCCGGAGCUCCUCCGCGUGCACUCCGUGGCGCGCCCGCUGUCCAGCCUCAUCUCCUCCCCGGACUUCCGCCGCCUCUACCACCUCUCCUUGGCGUCCUCCGGCGGCGGCGGCCCGGCCGCCGCGUGGCUGCUCCUCUUCAAGAAGCUCCCGCCCCGCGACGCCGCCAUCAGGGGCUUCCACGGGCCCUCGGGCCGAUGGUUCCGCAUCCCCGUCUCGGCCAUCCUCGUCCCCGCCGUGCCACCGGGCGAGGACCUCUACUUCCUGGCCGCGUCCGCCAGCUCCUUCCUAUUCGCCGCCAACGGCCGCCGCGAGCUCGUGGUCGUCGACCUCACCGCGCGCGCCGCGCGCCGCGCGCCGCCGUCCCCGCUCGGCCCACGCGGCACCUCCUCCUGGCGUCGCUUCGGACUCAAGCUCGUCGCCGAUCCCCCCGGAUCGAACCGGUUUAGGUUUCUGUUUGCCGAGCUGGUGAACAACACGCCAUUCCUCUUCGAGUACCGGUCCGAGACGGACACGUGGCAGGAGUCGGAGGCGGUCCUGGCCGAGGGCGAGGGGGCAGAGCCGGCGGCCGCCCCAGACGGAGACGGCGGCACCUACCUCUGCGCGGCGCACGCCGGGCCGGACUGCGUGAUGGUGUACGCCGGCCCGCGCGCGGACGACCGCCCGGUCUUCUUCCGCCCCCGGUUCCCGAACGCCGCCGCCGCCGCGGGACACGGCGGGGAGCGGCUGCACGUGUACGGCGACGGGAGCGCGGCCGUGGUGCGGUCGGCGGCGAUCGACGACCCGACGAGCCGGACCCGGGUCAAGGUGGUGACGGGCGUGGACCUGUACGGGUUCGGGGCCGGGGCCGUGGGCGGCGACUGGGAGCUGCUGGCCAGCGUGCCGGGCGACCUGGUGGAGGGGUUCCGGAAGCCGUACGCCGUCAUGACGGGGCUGCUGGCGGAGCGGGAGGGCGUGGUCCGGCUGGUGCUCAUCUCCAACUGCUGCGGCGCGUGGGACCUGGUGUGGCUGUCGUACGACCGCGCGCGCCGCGAGUGGCGGUGGGUGCCCGUGCCGGACUGGGGCAGCAGCAAGGGGCUCAACAUGGCCGGCAUCGCCGUCUCCUCCACCUUCUCCCGACUCUGGCCGCUGGCCGCGCCGGCGUCCAGCAGCAGCAGCCGCCACCAGUGA